AUGGUAAGUUUGAAGGUAUAAUUUAUUUAUCCUACCCUAUGUAAUGUAAUAAUAUGGCUUUUGUCUUUCUUUUUUACUGUGACGUGUUUUUAACAAUAAUAAUAAAUAGGUAAUUACAAUAAAAAGUAAAUAUAACUCCAGAUAGGUUAGUUUUUGUUUGAAAAUUUAAUUUACAAGUGAUUGUAUAUGAAAAUAGUAAUAGUUAUUAGGUAUUUUAAUUUUUUUUAACAAAUUUUCCUUAUAUAUGUUUUUAUAAAUAACAAUUAGGUACUUGAUAAUAAUCCAAAACCAAUUUUUUUUCAAGAAUUAACCUAGUUAAAUAUUAAAUUCAUUACAAGUUGAUAUCUUAGAAAUAUUUAACAAAAUAUGUGCAAAUAGUAUGCUUGAAUCUUAAAAUACAAUUUACAAACUUAAUUGAGUUAUUAUAUUGGGAUCUUGUAUGAAUUUUGUUAAUAUAUUAAUUCAUUAUUUAUUUCCAAUUUGUUUAUAGUAUUAGGUUUUGAUCAGGUGUCUACACUGUGUAUACCAAUUAAAUUUAAUGUGUAAGUUGUAAAUGCCACUAUUAUAUGAAAUCUACACAAUUGCAAGGUUUUGAUUUUUAAGAUAUUCCUGAAAUCCUUCAUAUAAACUGCUAUAGACAUUAUCAUAAGAUUAGCCACAACACUUUAUUAUACAAAGUCCAGUAAUUUUCUGUAAUUUACAUAAGAUAUUAAAAAUUGACUAUCCUUUAUGACUAGUUACUGGUGUUAGUUUAAACAAUCACUCAUGAACUUUGAUGAAAUACAAUAUCUGAGUAGUAUAGCCAUUUGAUCUAUUUUUACUAGAUUUGGAGGUAGAAUUUAUAAUUAUAGAAAAGUAUUUUCUGUUUAACUUCUUCUACUAAAUCAUUUUUCAUAAAGUUUAAACCUAUGUUGUUAUAUUUGCUAUGUUAUAUAAUGUUUUGGCAUAUAUUAUGGAUUAUCUUUCCCCUAAUUACUACCAUCUAACUUAAUAUGUAUUUUAAAAAUGGAUCAAAGUUAGCAACGAGCUCUAAUAAUCCUAUAUAAUUUCUAUUGUAAUUGACUAUGAAAAUUUCAUAAUCUCCUUUUAUAACCAGAAACUUAACAACACUUGCUGUAAGUAUUUGAAUUCAAUAGUCCUACUCAACUGAAAUUUGUCAACACAUUUCUUUAUUAACAGAUAUUUUUGUACUUGAUAGUAGUAACCAUUUUGUAGUAACACUCUUAUAGUCAAGACUAUUUUUAUGAAAUAAAAUUUUAUUUAAUUUUUUCCAAUUUAAAAAUCUAAUACCUACAAAGGGAUCUUUAUCAUUAGACAUCAGCAAUCUUGUAGUAUGCGCUCUACCAUUUUUACAACUCUACAGCAAUAUUUAGAUAAUAUCUUCUAAGAAGUGGAUGAUGUUACAGUGUUUUGUUGUUAAAAUAAUUAUAAAUAAGUAAUAUAUAAUUAAAAAUGAUUAUAAAUUAUCAAAAUUGUUAUUCAUUAUCAAUUGUUUCAAUUAUCAUUAAUAAUUUUAAAAAAAAUAUUGUAACAUUAUUUUGCAUCAAAAUGUGUUCUUUUGUUAUUGUUGUACAAGCCGAAUCCCUAAGCUCUACCAAGCUAUCUUCUCUAGUUUCUUGCGCCUAAACUCACAGGUUUUUCAUUUUGUAUAAUGAUGUAAAAUUUUUUUGCUAACAUUUGAAACAUGCCGUGCCAUGAAAAUAACAUGUGAACUCAAGUAUUGACUAAGUAUACUAUAAAUAAAUAAUACACUUUACACGAUUUCACAGAUUAAAUGAUAAUAUAAUGGAAAAAGAUUACUAAUUUUUUUUACCAUUAAAUUAGGAUAGAUAAAGAUAUAAAUAACAUGGUAUAGCACAUAGGACAAACAUCUCAUAAUUGCUGAUAGACCGCAGUCUGCGGUAGAGUCUAUACAAAAAAAUAGUCCAGUUGCAAUUGUAUUAGUCAUUUCUCUCCAUUGGAUAACUUUAAUUAAAAAGAAGUUAGUAACAGAUGAUGAUGUAUGAUCAUUUUUUAAAAUACAAAAAAAUAAAACAAUAAUUUAGAAAUAGUAACCAAAUAAAUAUAAUGAUUUAUAUUUUAAAUUAAUUUAAUAUUUAUUAAAGUUUUUUACAUUCACCUUUCCUUCCAGCUGAAUUUUUAAAUGAAUAAUUAUCAUUUUGAAAGAAUUCUGGUCCUUUUUCUAUACAAUAUGAAAUAAAGUCAUCAUCAAAUGAAAUGCUCAGUAGAAUGAAUCUUAGUAAUACAUUUUAUGUAUCACUGUUGAUUGGACAAAUAAAUCCUUUGCAUUAUUAUUUCAGAAUAAUAAAUAAAUAAAAAUAUAAAAAAAUACUAUAAAAAUAAAAUGUAUAAAUAAUGUGUUCAUUUUUACCAUUCAUAUUAUAAGUCGGUCAAAAAUAUUUCUUAUACGUAUAUUACGAAAAAUUCAUACAAAAAAUUGAUUAAUUUUUAGUAACUCUAUUGUCUUUAAUUUAUUUUCUCCUUUUUACAUUUUCGUUACCAUCUAAAUAUUCUUUAUUUACACCUGACAUAAUGUAAAAUCAAUGUAAGUAACGAAAAAUUUGUUGGUACAAACUGAUGUACCGACACAUUUUAUACUGGUUUACUAACACUUAAUACCGGUUAUUACACACUAGUCAUAGAUAUUCGACAAUUGGAAUCGGUGUAUCCACACCAAUGUCCAAAAUAAAUAAUGAAUAUUAUCAAUUAAAUAUUAAUAAAUUAUUUUAUUAUUGCCUAUACUUACCAUUUUGCAAUUAUAAAUACAUAAGUAGUAAUUAGUAAGUAAUUAAAAAAAAUGACAACUAAUCCAUUUAAAAUUAAACUUUUUAAAGAGUUUAUUUUGAAUUAAAAUCGCAGAUACCGAUAUAUUAAUACAUCAAUGUUAAAACUAACAGUACAAAGACAAAUUUGACUCACGUAAACGCAAAUUUGCAAUGUCGUUCAUUUGUAAGAUUUAGCGUCUUAUUUAAACAUUACAAAUUACUUACCUUCAAUAUGGUCAUCCAAAUGGUCCCAAAUUAAUUUGAAUAUUAAUUGUUAUUAAUUAAAUUAUUAUUAUUAUCAUUUAUCUGUUCGUUUGUACUAACGAAUUUCUUGUAAAACACCAAUUACGUAUAAGUAUAAAUUAUUCAAACCGAUUAACGAAUUAUAAAUGUAUAAAACAUUCACAUUAAUAUUCACUGAUUUACUUUAUGAAUAAUAUAACAAUAACAACAACAAUAAUAGCAUGAUAAAAUAUAAUAUAUAAUUAAUAUAAUGUAGUGUAGUCGGUAGGUAUAUGACUAUUAUAAGUGAAUAGGUUACCAUGAUGCUCGCACAAUUUAGUAUAUUUCCCCAAUAAUUAAAUUCAUAAAUAAAGCGAUAACAAAAUAUAACUAUACACACAAAGCUGAGCUAUGGCCCCCCCCUUGCCAUGCUCAGACACCAUUAUCAUUUAUUAUCUAUAUACAUACAUCUCGAUGUCUAUACACAAUCGUUAAAGAUAGAUUCUAUCUAUAACCGCCACAGUCACAAAUUUAAUAGUAAGACGUUUCGUUAACAAUUGAUGAAGACGACUGUUCGAAACAAACUGUUAUUGCGGUUCAUUCCAUAAGAAAUACACAAAUGGAAAAUUGGAAAAUAUGUUCUUCACAAAUAUAUACAUAUAUGCCGAUCAUAAAUAUGAAGCUAAACUAUUUAUUUGUCAAUACUACGACUAUUGGUAUUGACGGAUAUACAAUAUUGUUCUCAACACAAACAAUUGAAUCGCGGACAAGAAUGUAAAAAAAGUGAUGAACUUCGUUUAGAAGUUAAGGGGGAAAACUUAAAAAUGUUAGGGUUUUCCGUUUCGCGUAUUUUCUUAGUUAGAAUUUAACAUUUUCUAUUUUUUUUUCCAAAAUUGUGUUUUGAAAUGCUUAAUCCAUUGGUACAGUCAAAACAUGCCUAUCAUAUUAGGCACUUAAAGAAAAAUAAAAAAAAAUGAAAAAUAGUAAUGUGUCCGUCCUUUUUUUUCCCCGUUACCUAAAUAUUUAUUUAUUUUUAAUAUGUGUAUAAAUAUUUAAUCAAAAAAUUUGUUUUUAUUUCAGGCACCAAUUGAUCCUAUCCAGUCAUUAAACAACUUACAAAGAUUUUUAAAUAAAAACACAGGUGGUCUUAAAGACCCUCAAGCAGCAAUGCAGAUUUCUCAGUAAGAUUAUUAUUAAAUUAAGCAUAAAAUUUCACUAUAAAUAGGAUCAAAAAUAUCUAUUACAUUAUGUUACACAACUUUUUAUAAAUGUGUACAAUUUGUUUUCUAUCAGAAAUAUUACUCCAAUAAAAAAACAACAAGAGACCUUUUGCUGUAUUUUUAAUCUAGUUGGUGAUUAAGACAAUCGGUUUUUGAUGAAGUUUUGUGUAGUUUUCAUAAUAAUUGAGCAAAAUUGAAAAAAAAACCUUAGAAAGAUAGGGUAAAAUUUCAAUUUUAUUUUUCUGUUGUGAUUUAGUUCAAAAUAUUUAUAGAGACCACAUUUUGAUAAAAAACUUUUAUUUGAUUUUUCUAUAUGUUGUAGAAACAUGAGAGAUUUUUUAGCUUUAAAUAAGUAUUUUAUGUUUGCAAGUUGUAUACAUAGUUUUUAUGUGGUAAAUACUUUGUGGAUAUAAUUGUUUGAACAAAUAGAAAUACUUGAAAUUUAAUAAGAUAGAGGUUUAUGAGUUGUACUUUGUGUUAAAAAAAGUGUAAUGUAAUUUUUUUCUUUCAUAAGUUUAUCAUAAAUUUUGAUGGAAAUCAUACAUAUUACAGUUUUUAAAACAUAUAUAACAGAACUUCCCUCAGAAUCAUUUUUCAUUAGCAAUGGUAUGUUUUUGCUUACAGAUAUAAAUUAAAUAACUUUAUGUAUUCUACCUUCUAACUUCUCAUCUACAACAGUGAUACACUUGUAUCCAGUAUCAGUUUUAAAAAAAAUAUUAUGUUUCUUUACAUGUUUUUAAAUUAUUGUAAUAUUAAGUUUUUAUAGAUUGAUUCUCACUAUUAUAGAACUUUUUCAAUAUUUAAAUUAUAUUUUGUAAUUAUGUGUUAUUUUAUUAUAAUAAUUACUUGGCUUGGUUUGUUUUAGAUUAAUGAUAACACAAUUUUCAAACAAAAUUGUUGAGAACACUUUAUGUAUAUUAAUUUUAAAGAAAACUACUCCACAACUAAUAAAAAAGUAAGUAAUAAUUUGAUAUUUCUGUUUGAAAAUAUGCUAUACCUGUAUGUUUUACAAUUUUUGUCUUAAAGUAAUAUACCUAAAAAUGAUAUAAGUUAUGUUUAUGAUUGAUCUAUUAAUCUAUACAAAUAUAUAUAAAAAGAACAUGUACAAUUAGUGAAGUAGGUAGGUAUACUAAAACUUAAUUUAACAACACUUAAAAAAAAAAUAUGUAAGUAUCCCUUUCAUUAGCACUGUCCAUUUCAAUGGACAUGACUUUUUGGUCAUGACUAGAGUGUGGAUCAAUAUUUUAAUUAAAUAAUUGAUUAAAUGAUAACAAUUUAAUAUAAUAAUAAUUUAUUGAGUAUGCAAUUUGAAUUAAUUGUGUAAUAAAAGGGCUAAUUUAAUACAAUAUAAUGUACUGAUUAUAUUACAAUGAUGGUUUAAACCUUAAUUAUUAAUUUCAAAAAGAUUAAAAUAUCAAAAUGUUCAAAAUUAAAAAUUUUGUUGUAUGAUUUUUUAUUAUUCAGAAGAAAUUAAAUUCUAUGAUUUAUUUCUAAUACGUGAUAGUUAAUAGUUAAAUACAUUUCAUUUUUUUUCUAAAAUUCAAAAAAAAACUUAUAUUUUUUAUUUUCUCUAAAAUGUUAAUUCCCAGGUGAGUAAUUAUACAUAUGACUAAACUAUUUUUCAACGAGAGAAAGGUAGUGUAGACUGAGCUACGGAUCGCUGCCGGAAUAAUACACUUGGCCCGAUAGUGGUGGGAGCCUUGCGCGAGGUGAGGCGUGGGGAUGCGUAAGAAUGACUGGUUUUCGUCAAGACUCUCUACCGGUCUUUCGUGAAAAAUAUAGAUUUAAUAAGUUUUUUUUAGUUCUACUCUUUUAUUUUUUAAGUAAAAAAUUAUAUAGGUAGGUACCUAUAUUAUUUUUUUAUUUAAUAUAAUAUUUGGAUUCCAAGGUUGAUAUAUAAAUGUUUUACAGCCAUAUUUCUUACACUUAAGGAUAUUAUAAUUCAGUAAUCUGUUUAUUGUUGUUAAAUUAUAAUAUUUUAGAAAGAUACUGAGAAUUAGUUACAUGUGCUAGAAAUAGAGAACAAAUUUAAUUGAAGCUCUUACAUUUCUAGGGAUUCCAAAAAUAAAUCAACCAUGCCCUAUAGCUGUAGAUUAAGAAUAUUACUAUUAUUAAUAUUUUACAUAAACCUAGCAAAAAAUAAAACAGUAAUGUAAAAAUAAAAUUGUACAUAGGUUAUGUGUGUGAUCGUUUUAAAAUUAACAUAGUUGAUAAGUAAACCACAAAAAAAACCUACUUAAUAGUACAGUUAGUUUUAAUUACAUUUUGUUUAUUCAAAAAUCAUUAAUUAAAACUUAAAAUAAAUGAUAUAAAGUAAAAGGAAUUUAAAAAGUUCUUAUUAAUACUUUAACUUUUCAGAAAUUUGUUAUUUAAUUUAAAUUUUAUAAAUUGUAUUAAAUUAUAUUUUUAAAAAUAUCUUAACAUUAUUUUAUUCUAUAAACAUACUAUUAUAAUUUGACUAUAUUUUCAUACCAUUGUAUUUAUUGUGUUUAGAUAAUAUAUUAGAAUUGACCUCGUAUUAGAUAGAUUGAUCUAUUAAUUACUUUUUCAAAUAAUUUGUUUUACCUAAGGUGGGAGCUAUAGGUCUUUAUUAUUUUUUUUUUUUUAAUAAAGUAUGCUUGUAUAUCACACAGUAUUAAGAAUUAUUAUUUUGGUAAUACCAUGUUAUGACUAAAAAUAAAUUAAAAAUAAUUCAAAUUCAAAUUUAUUAUUUGUUUAAUGAAAUACUAUUUGUUCGUUAUAUUGUGGUAUAUUAGGAAUUAUAGGUAUUAUCGAAAGUAUAUAAAUGCUGUAGUCUAUCAAUUACCAGACUACUCUCUCUACUAUACUAAUUUAAACAUAAACCAAAAUGAUGGUUUUAUGGUUUUCAUUAAUAACUUUAUAACCACCAUUUAUACUUUAAAGUUACAAUCUCAAACAAAAAUUGGUCUAGAAAUCUGAAUUAGAAAAUGGAAUUCAAAUUUUCUAAUUAUGCUAUUUAUAGAUCUUCUAAUAAUAAUGCUAAAUUACUUAAAAAUCUCUAUACAAGAAAAAGUUGAAAUGAAUACUGAUUAUAAAAAUCAUAAUUGGUGAUAUUAAUUUAGACUUACUUUUUACUUUAUUACUUACUAAUAAAUACAUUUCUAAUGUGGCCAAAUUCUGAUAUAUAAAAAGAUUGCUUCAAUUACUUGACUCCCAUCAAAUACUUGCCUUGAUCACAUAUUUUUGAAAAGCAAAAAUCAGUCCAACUAUUUUAACAAAUCACUGCCUAAUAUUUAUAAAUAUUGGAAACUGCAAACUUGAUAAACAAUAGAAAUAAUAAUCCUGAUCCACUAACAACAGGUGCAGUUACUGUUGUAGGAGGGAAGUUGGAAAGGUAGGAUACAGAAGGGAAUUUAAUGUAUAUCUGUAAGCAACAAUAAACAAUUACUGAGUGGAGUUUAGUUGAUAGUAAUGCUUUGUCAACAAUAUAUAUAUAUGUCAUAUUAUGGUAAAAUAAUUACAAAUACAUUAUAUAUUUUCUUUAAUAAUAUUUUGUUUAAUAUUGCUCCUAUCCCUUCCCCGUGGUCUAGAUAAUCAACAAACCUUGAUUAAAAUAUCAGACAAAUUGAUAACAGAUUAGCCUUUUAUAAUAUAAAUGUGUUAAAUAUUAACUAUUUAAAUACUAAUUUAGAAAUUGUGUGCUGUUUGUAUACUUAUUGAACUAAAAUAUUGUUAGUUUACUAUUAAUAGCUGUAUAUUUAUGUACUUAUAAUGGAUUCAGAACUUCUAGGCCCGCAGACGAGUUCUCCCAGUGGGGCCUAGUAUUUCGAAAAAAAAUAAAAAUAAAAAAUAUUUGUUGUCAUGUAAUACAAACAUGGUUUUUUAUUGAUUAUACCUAUUAUUCUAUAUUUAAUUUUCUUAAUCUAUAUUUUGUUUUGUAUGACCUCAAUUUAUAGAUUCAUGAAUGCUGGUGGUUGGAAUUUGACAAAUGAAUGGUUAAAAACCGCUGUUGAAAAUGAAAACAUUACGCUAAUUCAGGAUAUAUUACAAAUUUUUGAUAUUUUCUCUGUGACAGUAUCUACAUUAAAAUCUAAUGAAGGACCAAAAUUGAUCAAUAAAUUAUCCGAAACUCAUAUUGAUGAAGGUAAUUAUUGAAUAGUUUAAAGCUUAAAUACACAUAACAUGGCCUUAUUUUUUUUUUUUAAUUAAAAUAAAAUAAGAUAAUCCUAGCCAUUGCAGGCUAUCUAUAUCUAUAGAUAAGAAAAAAAAAAAAAGGCCUUAUUAAAAUGUUAUAUUUAAUACCUAUUUAAAUUGAAAAAUUGUUUAAUCUUUGUUUUUGUUUAUUAUAAUCUAAAGGCUGAUAAAUAUUGUAGCAAAAUAAUUAAAAACUCCUAACAUUUGAAAAUUGUAGGGUUCUCCUAGGAUUUAACAUUUGUAGAAGGUAUUUUAGUAAUAGUUUUUAAAAUUUAAAUUUCAGAAGUGAAAAUAAUUGCACAACAUUUAGUUGGCAAAUGGUCCAAAUUAGUUAAAGUUGAAGAUUGGGAAACUAUGAUAAGUAGUAAGAAAAGCCAGUUAAAACAAGAAAUGUUGAAAGAAAGAAAAAAAUAUUGUCAGGAAGACAAAAUUAAAGAAGGGAAACAUACUAAUAAUACAGUUUGUAAUCCCUUCUUAAGAAUAAUUGAAGAAAUGGCUGAAUUUAAAUCUAAUACAGAUAAGCAAAUAGAAAAUGAAAACCGAAAUACAUAUAACAAAAGAAAACAAAAUGCAUCAACAUUUCAAAGUACUAUUUUAAUAGAACAAGCGCCGCUAUCAUCACUUUGUACUGGAUCCAGAGUACAAUCUAACAAGACUAAGAAUUGUACACCUUCAUCCUCACUAAAUAAUUUAAAAAGAAGUUUACCAUCACCAUUAGAUUCUCCAAAUAAAAAGAAAGUUAAGAUAGCUUCUCUAGACUGGGAAACACAAUCAAGUAAGAUUUUAAAUUUGGAUUUAUAAUUUCAAUUUUUUAUUUAUUUUCUUUAAGUUAUCACAUUAUUAGUGUAAUGAAUGAAUCUAGAAUUACAUACAUUAAUAUAAUAUAAAAUAAUUGUAACACUAAGUUAUCACAUAAAGAAAUACUAGAUAAUUAAUAGAACUAAUUUCUUUUUUAAUUUCAUUUAGGAAAUUUAGGAAAAUUAAAUUAAUUACUUUUGUUAAUAUAUUUUGUUUUAGUAUAGCUAAACAUUAAUUUCUUUUAAUAAUUAUCAUAUAUUCAAUCACAACAAAAACACUUCAUUAUAACUCUGUGUAAAAAAAAUUAAAUCUUUAAAAGAUGCGAUACAAUAUGGAAACUAAGUAAAAUGUCAUUUUAUAAUAUUACAAAUACUUAUGAGGACAAAUAAGAUAAUUAUAAAGUUAAAUAGGUACUUAGUCAUAUUGUUUAACUACUUGGUAGGACGUGUAAGGAUACUUAGAUAAAUACAAAUAAUUAACCAUCAUAGUAAAUAAAUUAAAAGGUAAUUUAUACAAAAUAUGUUGGCCUCACAGCUAAGUAAUUGCUAUUUAAACUUUUUAAUAACAUUAGAUAUACACUAAAACUUCCAAAAAUAUGGAAAAAUUCUUAAGUGGUCAAUCAUUGAUAAAAUGGCUCAAGUUGAUAAACAAACAAUCAAAUAUCAACUGUAGUUAAAUAUCAUGAAUUUAAGUUUGUUCUUCCUUUCUUAUAUCUGUAUUCCUUUAUUCGAUAUAUGAUAUUCCAUUUGUUUGUGUCAAUUCUAAUUAUUACAUAUAAUGUCUUAUUCGUGCAUAAUUUUAAAUUGUGACAACAAAUCCAAAGCUGGCAAUAAGACACAUUUUUUUACGCAAGUGUAAUUAUUUAUGGAUGAUAAUAUAUUUUGAAUAUAUAUAUAUGGGUUUACUUACUGUAAAUUUUAGUUAUGAUUUUAAAAUAUUUAUUAGAAAACAAAUUUAGUAACACGUACCAUAUUAGGUAAUAUGAAAAUGCGACCAGUGGUUAAUAUUAUGGGUGUACAUUUUAUUUAUUAAUGACAUUCCGUGUGUUCCUAAAUUAUUCUGCUAAUUCAGCAGAUUGAUAGAGUUUAGGAACACUUUUGGUUAUUCAUUUGGAGCAUUUUGUUAAUACCAUUAUUUAAUGUUACCAAUAGGCCAUACUCACCAUUAGUUUAUUAUUAUAAUUUUUCAUUAUUUUCAUCGAGACUAUAAGUAUAAACUAUGAAACAUUUAAUUGAAAAUUACAAUAAAAUAUAAUAUAGGUAUACAUACUAGACUUAAAUGAUAUACAAAUCAUCAUCUAAAUGUUAUAUAAAAAGUAUUUCCAGCACACAAAAAACGUAUGUCCAUUGUAUUAUAAUUGUCGAGUGUUGGAAUUGUAAUUUGGAAACACAUUAGCACAUUAGACAACAAAUUUUAACGCAAAACAAAUUUUUUAGCAGUAACGAGGCUAAAGGUUUUUGGUUGGGGAGACACUGAAAAAAAUGGCACUUAUACGCCUAGACUUCCCCUUUUUUAUUUUAUCUAACAGUAUGAAUUAAAUGUUCAAAAAUUAAAAUCAAAAUAUAUCAUUAUUUAAAUUAUUAUUAUAUUAUUAUUAUUAUUUUUAUAACAUUAUAUUUAAAAACGUUACAACUUCCUUAAAAUGAUAAUUUAAUAUAAUAACAAAUCACAAAUGUAUUAUAAUUUAAAACCAACAAAAUAAAAUAUUAUAUAAUAUACUGUAUAUAUGCAACUCGCAUUAAGAUGACGUUUAAAAACAAAUUUACAUUAAUUUAUACGUUAAAUCUAUUUUUCUUUUUUUUGUCUUAGAAAGUAAGUCGAUAACAUUGUCAAUAAAUAUUGGGUCAGUGGCUAAUUCGCUCAACAUUUAAUUAAAAACACUCAAACACGUAUGACGUAGGUACCUAUCACGACGGCGACGUCGAUAAUAAAUAUCGAGUACUGAGGUAAUUACGAACGGCGAAACGCGUCUCAUGGCGUAAAUAAUAAACGCCACUCAGAUUAAAAUUCCCCCUGUACCCGCGCGCCCGUAUUUGUGAGACGAUGCGUGGCGACGUCUAUUAGAUUUAAUACCAUAUUUGGAAUGACCCGUAUCGCCAGCUCGUAUGCACGGCCGUAUCGCGCGCAUCUAAUCUAUUUUAAGAAUUCUAUAACUGUACAACGCGAAACCGAUUUAAACAAAACAAAUAUUGAAACAUACAUCAUAUUAUAUUCAUAUUUAUGAUAUAAAAUAUAAAUAUUAAAUUAAAAUUUGUAAAUAUUUUAUAAAACAAAAUAAUUAUUUAUUUGUUCCGUGUUCUAAUUUCUAAGUGGGGAGACGUUGUCUCUUUGUCUCCUAUGACGCUUCGCCACUAUUUAGUAAAUUAAUUUUAAUUUUGGCACAUAAAAUGUUUAUCAAAUCUAUCUGGUUAAACGCUAUUCCAUCCAUAAAGUAUCAGAUUGCUGAUAAAGCAAUCUAAAUGAUCACUUCCCCUCUAACGUAUUGGUCAGCAGCUGAGUUUAGGAACAGUUAAAUCUAGCGACUAAUCAAUCUGUUGAAUUUAGGAAUAUACGGAUUGUUGUUUGAUAUGUUAUGUGAUAAUAAGCGUUGUGAUAACAUCCUCCCUCAACUUUAAGUUAUCUUGGUGCCACCUGAGUAUACACGCACAUGUCAAUUUAGUGAUAUAUAAUAGUAUUCAUUUUAUUAAAUAAAAAUAUUAUAUUAAUUAGUUAUGAAUUAUAAACAACGAGUUUAAUAAAUGUAACACUCUUUCUCCGAUAUUAAAAUAAAAGUAAACGUUUCUUUGUAAUUUUCAGUCGAUAAUCAUAGUCUAUAAAUAAAUAACUUAGAUAAUUACUAUUAAGCCAGUAAAUUUGGUAAUAAUACAGUCGUAAAAUAUAAGAACGAAAUUGGUAGUGAAGUCGAAACGUAUGAAGGUACGGUUUCCAAGACGCGGCGGCCGAUCACCGCGGCUUUUCCAUGAACAGUGUUUAUACACGUAGUGCCUAUAGACUAGUUUCCAAUGCGCAGCUGCGGCUCGCGACUGAACUAGAACCGCCGCGGCCGGCGACUCUAGUCGAAAAUCGUGUUUUUGUUAAAACUUUUGCAGUCGCUGAUAGUAGUAUAUAGACAUAUAGUAUAUACUACCAUAAUUUAACUAAUAUUCUAGUAUUGAACUAUAAUAUAGGGUGGCUAUUCGUCCCGGAUUUUCCCGGACGUUAUCGAUUUAGAAACCCAUGUCCCGGCGUUCCGACAUCGUUUUGUACCGGUUUUUUACUUUUGCAUAGUAAUGUCCUAGAUUUUAAAAUUGUUAUUUGUUUCCAUAAUAUUCUUAUACCUACUAUACUUAUUUGGUUAUCGAUUUUAUUUUGAACAAAACCUAAUCACAAAUAUGAAAUAUUUAAUACUUUAACAAUAUUCGAUGACGAACGAUAAUCGCUUUCUAAAUUUAACCAAACUACUUUAUCUUUUGCCCAUAUUUUCAGUAAGAAAACACUGUUAUGACAAAGAUUGCAAAAGGUUAUAUAUUAUAUAAUAUUAUAUACUUUAAAUCAGUACACAUUUAUUUGCUGAUGAGACACGAUUGUAAAAUGUAUUAAUAUUUUGGUACGUAUUUAGUGUCGUAAUUUUACAUAGUUCUUUCGUUUACGUAGUGAUUAUGCCGCUUAAAAAACUGUGUCAUUUUUAAUGAUAAGUUAUAAAAUGAUUUUCCAUUUAUUAAAAAAGUUAAACCUUCUGACGAUUUCAAUGUACAGUGUGCAACUUGCCAUGGAACAUCUUCACUAAGUCAUGGUGGAUCAUCUCAAAACGCAAAAACAUGAAAUAGUAACCAUUUCAAUCCAGUAAAGUUUCCAAUUAUUUUUCUGCUUUAGUUCCUACUAAAUAUGAUUAUUUGUUAAUUGUCCGCGAACCUACUUUUGUGUAUCAUACCGUAAUUCAUAAUCAAAGUUUUCGUUCAAUGUCUUGCGCAUUAGAAUUGAUUAGUCAAUGUUUAAAUGACAAACCUUUCAUUUGUGCAAAAACAAAAACUAGGGAAAUAACUAUCUGAUAACAAAAACUUGUUGGCUUGUGUUGUUUAGAAUUUUAUAGUGAAAUUAUUAAAAAUCUUACUUUACUAAAGAAAGUUCACUUCACUGAAAAAUACAGUGUCCAAGGACGAUAAAAAUAUUAAAUUUGAAAAAUUAUAUAUAUUUGUAUAAUGUAAAAUUAUCUUAAUAUGUAUAUUUUAUUACAAUAGUAUCAUAUUAAAUAUUAAUACCUAAUUAGUGUGUAAUGUCUAUUGCUUUAUAUACUUAAUAUACUUUAUAAAGCAUUUAAUACUUUUUUUAUGAGAACAAUUUAAUUUUAAUGUUCUGGAUUACUUAAAAUUUAAUCUGGCCACCCUAGACUAUAAUAUAUUUAUAUUAAUAUGUGUUAAAAUUAAAUAUUCAAUUUUCUCUAUGAAUUUACCAAACCAAUGUUUAUUUUAAUCUUAAUGUAUCAUAUUUUUAUUUGUUAAUUAUUAGGUGUAUCAAUCUACUCAAGACUUUCUUAAAAUUCAUUUACGAUUUUUUACUUUUUUAUAGCCACAAUUGAAGAAAGAGAUAUAUUUUUGAAUGCCAUGUCAAAUGUUUUGAAAUCUGCUCCGAAAGUCAUUAAAAAGCAAGAACCUGAGUCAGAAACUGUUAAAAAAGUUACAAAGCAUACAUUUCCGGUAUCAACAAUGUCGACACCUCAAUUGACUACAAAGACUAAACUACCAUCACCACUACGAUCUCUAGUUUCAUCAUCAACAUUGAUCAUGGACUGUGAUUCUUCUAUACCCAACAGAAAUGUUGAUGAGCAACAAGAAGAACCAAUGAUUGAAAGUUCACCUACAUUAGAAGUACUUACAUUUUAUACAUUAAUAAUCUCAAAUAAUAAUUUUUUUAGUUCUUUAAGUUAUUCAACAUUUCUUGUUGUAUUAUUAUUAUUGAACAGUUUCAGGAAAACGACGUAUUUGAUGAGUUGGAUAAACUUCUUUGUAGUAUUGCAGAAGAAGAAAAUAUGAAAAAUGCCCGUUGUAAGUAUAGAAUCCUUGGGAUAUUAUAACAUGAAUAUCAUAUACUUGUACUAAAGUUUAACAUGUUUAUGAUUAAAAUGUAUUUAUAAAUAUUUGCAAUGUACCUAUAUGUAAAUUAUUAUAAAGGAAUGUAUUUUAAUAUUAUUUAAUUGCUGUCAAAUCACCUAAAAAUGAUAAUGAUGAUAAGAAAAUUGGCUUAAAAAAUGUGCUGUAAAGUGUAGGUAUGUUCAAAAAGAAUCAUUACAGAAAACUGUUUCUUGGAAACAAGUAACAGAUUUGGUACACAUAUCUUAUUAUAAACACAAUGAAAUUGAAAGGUGUAUAUUAUUAAAAUAUAUCAUAUUAGGUUCAAUUUAGAUGGACCACUUAAGAACCACAUAAAGUUAGUCAUUCUUUAGUAUAUUAAUAACAUAUAAAAUAAUCUGAAAAACUUAAUCUAACUUAGCCGGGCCACUUCUGAUAACAGUAUUAACAGGAUAUUGCCCACAAAAUUGUGUCAAGUGUAACUUUAACAUACACAAUACACUAGAACACACCAACCACUUACCAUUAGCAUGCAAUUAUUAUCUUAUCUUCUAGAAAAGGUAAAUAAAAAUGUAUUAUCAGUAUAUGUAUAGAUAUAAAACCUAAGUUACUCACACUGUAUAUACUGGGUGUUCAAGAAAAUAUUGACCAACUCUAAGGUUAGGUUUAUCAAAUUUUGAUAUUUUUUUUUCUGAUAUCAAAAAUUUUGAUUUACUGGAUUUAUUUGUAAAAUAUCUCCUUUCCCCUCCCAAAAAAACCCCUCAAUUGCAUGUAAAAUUUGUUUACAAUAAAAAGGCUCAUUCAAUUUUUUUCUUAUAAUAAACUUAUUUUGAAAUUAACAAAUUUCCUUUUACAAAAUAAAAUAAAAUAAGUUUUAACUAUAAUCAUUUUUUGUAUUUGGGUGCUAUUAUCUGGGACUAAUGAACUUUAUAAAAUGUUUACUUCAAAACUAAUACUAUAUUAUUUAGAAAAUAUAAUAUAAAUUAAUAAAUGUUAUUUUCAGUUCCUGCUGAUAGUAUGAAACCCCAGAUUGCUUGGCGUAAUCUAGAUGAUAGCUUGUUAGUUGAAAUCCCCGAAAAGCCGUAUGGUGAAGAAAUAAUACCAGGUAGUGGAAGUAAAGAAAAAAAGAAGUAUGAAGAAAUGCAUCCACCUAUGGUGAAUUUUUCGAAAUCUUAUAAUUUCGCUAGAUAUUUGUAAGUGUGCACAUUAAUUAUUAAUAUUAAUUAUGUGCAUCUCGUGUGUUUUAAUGACAUUAUUAUUAUUUUUAUUGUACAGGAUAUAUGAUACCCCCGAAGAACCCAAUCAAAUGGAAGUAGUUCCUUACUUUGAACCUUUGAACAUACCACUAAAAGACAUGUCAGGGGACAAACCUACCACAUAUUGUUAUGAUGAUAUUCCGUGGCCAGAUCCCAAGGGUGAGCAGCCACCUCCCAUAGAAUUCACAUACCAAUAUAAUAAUAUAGUACUGAUGCAGCAACAAAUGCUCUUAAGAUAUUAUGGCAACCAAAUGAAUUCAGUUUUGUCUACCUAUAACGAUAUGACAAGAAUGGUAUUACCAGUAAAUAAAAUGUCUCCUAAUCUGAUGAUAAAAAACAAUCAAAUGCUUAUGGGUGAACAGAUAUAUGGAUACCAUCCAUCAUCACAACCACCACUACCACUACUACCACCACCACUACCACCACCACUACCACCACUACCACCACCACUACCACCACCACUACCACCACUACCACCACUACCACCAAUAAUAUCGCUACCACCACUACCACCACCAUCACCAUCACCACCACCAUCACCAUCAACAUCAACAUCAACAUCAACAUCACCAUCAUCACCACCAUCACCACCAUCACCUUCAUCAACAUCAACAUCGUUACCACAACAACAGCAAAGUCAAUUAAAACUGACAACCAACAACAGACCAUAUGUGGAAAGAGAUGGUCCUAAUUAUAGAUAUGGUAAAAAUUAUGACUCUUAUCAAAAGAAACCAGAAAGAUUUCCAUAUGAUAACAGAGAUGGUCUAUCCAGCCACAGAGAUGGUCUAUCCAGCCACAGAGAUGAUGAUGAUAGCUAUGGUUAUUAUCGGGGAAAAAUGGAGCAGAGAUAUAAAUAUGGUAACAGGGAUGAUCUAUCCAGCCAUAGAGCUGGUAAUAGAAGUUACUAUUAUAGAGAGAAAAUGGAGCAGAAAUAUCAAUAUAGUCAGAGGGAUCAUCCAUUCAGCUACAGAGGUGGUAAUAAUUAUGGCUCCAAUCAUGGGUAUUCUAAAUAUCAACAAGAUAACAAGGAUAAGUCUGUCAGUGGUGAACUCAGAAAUAGAAGAGUGAGAAUACUAUGCAAAUUCUAUGCAAAAGGUAACUGUAGAAAUUAUAAUUGUGCAUUUUUACAUGAAAUAUAAAUGUGUUAUUAAAUACUUAAAUGCAAAG